UUCGAUUGUAACAUCGAUGUUUUGGAACUCCACGUGCGGCUCGUUUUUGUAAAUUUUACUUAUUUUGUACUGAUUUUAUAUAAAUAAAAACAUUAAAAAUGCCGCCUGUGAAGAAGCCCAAGCCCCAGAAGGUUGCGAAACAGGCCUCGCCAAUGAAAACAAUACAGAAACCCAAGGAAGUCGUUUCCGGACAGCUGAAGAAAAAGCUGGACAAGGUCAAGCCACAAAAGGUAAAGGGUCCAGAGCGGGGUGUGAUCAUUGUAAAACACCUUCCGCACGGAUUCUUUGAGCAGCAACUGCGGCAGUACUUCCGCCAGUUCGGUCGGGUGCUCCGUGUCCGGCUUGCCCGUUCCCUACGUACCGGCAAUAGCAAGGGCUAUGCCUUCGUGGAGUUCGAGUAUCCGGAGGUGGCCAAAGUGGCGGCUGACACCAUGGACAACUACCUUAUGUUCCAGAAGGUGGUCAAGGCCUCCUACAUACCUCCGGAGAAGCAGGCCUUCAAUUACUUUAGAACCUCUUUGAAGAAAGUCACGAAUAAGGCUGGAAAGGAGAUCUACGUUUCGGAUGUGACCAAAGCCACCCAGCGCAGUGUUAAGAAACAGAACAACUGGGAUGAAUCCGCCUGCCAGAAGCGCACUGUGACCAACCUCAACAAGAUAAAGAAGAUGCAGGAAAAGUACAAGGACUUGGGCAUCGAUUUCUCCAGCCUGCUCGUGCAGCCAAUCAAGAAGACAAAGGAUGCUCCAAAGGGAGAGACAACCGAGGCCUCUACCAGCAAGGCAGCCAAGGCUGACAAGAAGCUGAAGUCGCCAAAGCUAGAAGACUUGCUGGGCACCACCAUCGACGAAGAUUCCGACGAUGAGGACUAUGAGGACGCUAGCGACGAUGAGUCCGAACUGGAGGAGGACGAAGACGGUGAACAGGCCACCGAUGACAGCGACGAAGAAGAGGAGGAUCUUCCGGUGCCCCCAAAAAAGGCACAAAAGAAGACCAAAGCCGCCGUCGAAAGCUUGGCGGAUAAGCUGAAGCGCAAGCCCGGCACUGGUGGAAUCCAGAAAAAGAAAGCCGCACCUGUUGUCGCCAAGGCAGCGAAGGCAUCAAUAAAGAAUGUCGCCACCCACAAGCUGCAGCUGGCCGCAGCUAAGAAACUGGCCAAACCCCUGCCCAUAGGUAAGGCCAAGAAGUCGAAGAAGUAGCUUAGAAUACCUUUACUAUCUGUAGUUGUUAAGUAAACAAAAUCAUUUUGUAAGUUGAA